UUUGCCCAGUCAAUUCAUGUCUUUUAAUUCAUAGAGGAUCGAAAUUAAGAAUCAUGGGGUUUGACAUCCCUAUUGUCAAACCUGCGUUCUUAUAAGAUAUCCUGAAUCAAAAUGGGGGUUAAAAUCAGAAAGUGCUUGAGCUCAGUCAUCUAGCUCAUCUAUUCCAUCUUCUUGAGGUUUUUUUAGUCCUUUCUCACAAAUUAUUCAUAUGGUUUAUUAUUUAUAAUUAGUUUAAUAAUUUUAUUAUUAUAACCAACUGUUAUUAAUUAAUAGAGGUUUUAAUAAUAUUAUUAUUAAGAUUAUUAUAAUUAUUUUCAACUAUUAUUGUUAUUAUAAUUACAAUAUACAAUUAAUCAAUGGAUUAGUAAUUUGUUUGGGUUAAAAUAAUAAAUCAAAUGAUAGGCCCAUUAGAUGUAGAAAAACCUAAUUUGACUAAUAUAAAAGGGAUUUAUUUUAACAAUUAGAGGAGGCCAACUCCAUCCACUAACCCUAUUCCGGACACACGUACACAAUCCAUCACUAACACCUCUUAUACACUAACCCUUAUUUUUGCUCCCAUGAAAAAGGCACCGAAACACCAAAAAAAAAACUAACACUUUUACACAGUUUCUCCAUCCACUCAUAGUUUAACACUUGAAAAUUAUACUGUCUGUAUAACCUUAUUACCUGGGUAUAGAAUUUACCUCAUUUAACAACCAAGUAAAGGGUUUUGUUGCUAUAACCUUUAGGAUAACCUUUUUCAAUAUAAAUAUUGUAAAAAUGAAGGUUUUCUUAUGUGAUCUCUUUCUUUAUCAUUGUGUGGAUUAAUUUUAUAAGUGCAGGUUGUCUUUAUGGAAAAUAAAAUUUAAAGGUGUAAAGGAAGAAGGGAUAAAAAACGAAUGGAUGCAGCCUCCUUUGACGAGUUCAAUGCGGAACAGCAGCCUGCAAAUCUCACCGCCAUGGCUUGCCCGACAACCACUCCUAGCAUACUCCAUGUUAACUUUGUUUUUCUUAUCAAUUUUCUCCUUGCUGUUGUUUGUGUUUGUUUGCAGGAAGAAACAUAAAAAAAAAAGAGAAACGAGGUUCAUUACACCCGUCAGUCACAAUCGUUCAACAUCGCAGAUCCGGCCAUCGCUACUCUCUUACCGCCAUCGGACCAAGCCUUGUCGGAAUCAUCAACCUCUCCGCUCAGAUCGACGCCGCACAUCGUAAUCGGCCGCUCCAUCACCACCGGUCUCUCUCUGCCGUAGCAACUGAACCCGGACACCUCCACGUAACAACCGCGAGCCACAGCGGCCGGAGAUACUCGCCCAGCCAGGUUCGUUCUCCUAUUCGUUUUUUUCGUUCCGAUUGUGGUGACUAUGUUGUUGUUCUAUUUUGGGGGCACUGCGAUUGGAAAAAGAGAGGAAGAAACAUUGUUUCACUCUCUGAAUGAAUUCAUUUGGUUUAUGUGUGUUUUGUUAUUAAAAUGGACGUCACAUGUCUUAUUGGCACUAGUUGGAUUGUUGGUUUGAAAAAGUCAAAACAAACAACUAUUAUUUUUCAUAUAAUUAAUUGGCUUUGAUUUUUAUUCAAAUGUGGACAACUCAGUGGAUCCCAUAGAAACUAGAACUCCCUUUUCUGGUUUUCACUUUUAUUUGCUAUCUUUCUUUAUGUAAUUGUGGUGUGUGUUAUAUAAUAGAUAUAAUGUAGAAUGGCUAUUAUACUACUUGUUCAUACAUGUCUCAUGUUAAUGUAGUUUUUGUAAAUAAAUGGAUCUUGGAAAAAUGGAAAACACUGUCGCAUGACAUGUAUUUAUCCUGAGAAAAAGUGGAAAACAAUAUCAUGUCAAAUACAAUAUUAGUUUGACUCAUCAUAAUUAUUAACAGUGAUUAGUGUAUUUUUUAUUGUUUUAAAUUUGAUUCAUGCUUUUACUAAUUUAUUAAUCAUAACCGUUUAAGUAAUUGUUUUUCCUCUCGUCAUUAGUUUAAUUAUUUUGUUCAGUUAACAAAUUUAAUUUACUGAGUUAUUUGUUUUUUUUUAAAUUAAUUUAGUUUCAUCUAACUUAGUUAUAAAAAAUAUAAUGUCAAAAACGUCAAUUCUAUUUCCCCUUUCAAUGGAUAAAUGACGGGUGAAUACCUAUUUCAUCCCGCCUUCGAAUUGGUCGACUCUCUAUGUCGUACUGAUCAAAUAUCCGAACAAAGCUUUUUAAUUAGAUAAAAAAUUAAAAUACACUUCAUUUGCUGCCCGCGACGAUCGAAUCUAUCGAUCUGAGUAACCAGCAAUGCCCCAUUAAUCCGUUAGCUAUACUGAUCAAACCUAUUGAUCAUCGCAACUAACGGUGACAUAUUAAACCAGGGUUGUACGCCCAAAACCUUCAAAACACACUAAACCACGACACUACGGAUUUUUAUCCUAGGCAAUUCAAAAACAUUUCAAAUCAAAUACAAAACUACGACAGGCCAUUCAAAAGGCCUUUAAUCAAUUUCAAACCAUAAAUUCAAACUCUAAGGCGUACAAUCCUGUGCCCGAACUACGUAGACUCUGAUCCUCCAUAAGGAGGUACGUAGGCACUUGGAUAACCAAGGCGAGUCCCCCACCCUAAAACCUCCAUUCUGUCAAAAUCUCAAUUUUCCCCUAUUCAAUAUUUUAGCCAUAAACCUUGACCUUAGAUUCAGAGCCAAUAGGAAAGGGUUGAGGGUGCCUAACACCUUCCCUCGACCUGAUUAUAAUAACUUACCCUGAUCUCUAAACUGCGUAGGGUUUCCUAUUCGCCCUUCAGAAUAGGUGGCGACUCUAAACCUUCAAAUUUAGGGCAGGUUGCUACAGCUGGCGACUCUGCUGGGGACCACUUAAUGGUAAUUACUAUGCUCCUAUAGGUUUUGGCAGGGUUUAGGUUUGGCAAACUUGCCAUUUUUAGGGUUUGGCUAACUCGCCAAUUUUAGGGUUUAUUUUUUAUAUAAAUAUUUAAAUUUUUAUUUAUUUAUUUAUUUAUGAAUACAUUUAUUUCACCUCAAUUUGAAUUAAUAUUUUAUUUAAAUAUUUGUUCUACUGCAUUGUUAUAAGCGGCCGGAAUCCAAGGUUAGUUUUUAAAUAUUUAAAUUUAAAUUUAUUUAUUUAUUUACAGCCUUAAACUACAGUAAUUUAAAUUUUUAUUUAAUUACUGUCAUACUAUAUUGUCAAAUUAUGAGCGGCGGGACUUCGAGGUUAGUUUGUUUUUAAAUAUUCAAAUUUAAAUUCAUUUGUUUAUUUAUCUACAUCUAUUUAUAGUAAUUUUAUUUAUUUAUUUUAUUAUAAUUUAAAUAAAUACUGCUUUGGUCGCUUAUAUACAAUUGCUGCUUUUUAUAUUGUCGGGAUAUUAUAAAUUAUUUGUUUAAACCCUAAGUGUGGGAGUUAACUUUGAGAUCAAUAGGGGAGUAUGAAUCUCCUACGAGUCUCAUUGAUAACUCCACUCGGAGUGGGUUGAGUAUUCGGAAAUGUCCAAAACGAGGCUUGACUUUGUUGAGGGCAGGACUGGAUACUUGGCUGAUCUCUCCGAGAACCUACCCCAAAAAUUCGAACCUCAUGGAUAAAAUGAGUUGUUCUAAAAUCCGAAGAGACAAAAAGUCUCGGAGGCUACGAACGACCCCAUGAGACCUUCUAGAACACUCCCAAAAAAAAAGGGUAGGCUCCCUAGAGCCGUUACGUCGAACCUAUGAACCUAGGACUUUUGUGUUUAUGUGCUUAUUAUGUGUUUGCAACAUAUAUACUUCGAAUAUCUAUGCAUUGCCAUUUUGCAGGUACUCCUAAGUGGUCCCUAGCCUGUAGGGACACAAAUUCCUAAAGACCAUGUCUUUCCCACGAAGGACAUCACCAUCUACGCAUCUCCUAGCCUGUGGGGAUUUUAUUUUUAUAUCCUUGUAUUCUUACAACUACGCGUCCUUCCCACGAAGGACAUUUCCAUUAACGCACGUCAAUUGGCCUCUCGAUGGCCAUGCGAUUCGGUGAUUGUCGUGAACGGUCACCCCGUGCUUGCUACUACGUACUCCCUAGCAUAUAGGGAUUUUCUGUUACAUCCACGUGUUUUCACAAUGACGCGUCCUUCCCCGAAGGACAACUUCACUAGCAUGCGUUCGAUUGGCCUCUCGAUGGCUAUGAAAUCUAGUGACUGUCCUGAACGGUCACUCCAUGCUUAUUCCCGCGCACCCUCUAACUUGUAGGGUUUGGAUCUCCAUUUACACAUCACAUCCCUAGCCUGUAGGGAUUUCUCUUCGUCCACAUCGUCCUUAGAUAGGUUGUGUUCCGCAUAGAGAACCUUCCCACGAGGGACAAAUUCAUUGGUACACGUUGAUUGGCCUCUCGAUGGCCAUGAGAUUUAGUGACUGUCUUGAACGGUCACUAGCCGCUAUCUUCUGCAUACUCUCGAAUCCAAGGGAUUUCCCUUAGCGUGUCAUAACAUUUAUCCUGCGAAGAUUCCAGGAGGGUCUAAGUGUCGCCUAUAAGGCUAUCCCUAGGAUCAUAUGUUACACGUCUGCAUUGCAUACACGGAGUUACAAUACAAGGAGUCUCUCGCUUACGCAUGCAUUUGCAUUGACAUACAUUUGCAUCUACAUUCACAUUUGCAAUUCGCAUCCUCGCCCGCACCCAAGCUUACCAUGCUAGCCGGUUUCCCGAAACUCGCCAAAAAAAAUCAAAAGGAUCAUAGACUAUGGAGAAAGGAAAGAAUUGAGAAUGAUCUUGGUCCUACAAAGGAAAGAGAGGAUGUCUUUCACCACGCCUUCCGCAUGUCCAUGCCUUGUCAUAACAGGAUCAUAAAUACAAUAAAGGUUAUCAUCGAGCAAGGAUUAGUUCAACAAAGAAGUUCCCUCAUAGAUACACUCAAGGGGUAUCUAGUCAUAAGGGGUUCAUCUUAGAACAUAUCAAACUUUCAAGGACGCUCCACGAUAACCUGGGGGCAAGGAUUAGUCCAACUGGGGCAAAAUCCUGAACAAAGAUGCGUGAAUACGAUGGAGAGAAGGCGACGUGUGUUAACCCCACACCAAGGGGCGAAAAGGUCAUAGGUCCUCCUUAUGAAUCUACAAAUUCUAAAGGUUACGAAUGGUGUGAUACUAUCCUUAUGAAAAGCAAAAGAGGUUCAGUCAAAGGAGACUCAUGAAGUUCCGGUACGACGAAAACCCACCGCUAACAGUUCAUUCCCGACAGGUUUGAUAUGUCCAAGGAGAAUCCGAGAUUACCCUCACUUCUACAAGUUCAUUUAACUAAGGAGUAAAACCAAGUCGAUGGGUCUACAAAGGAGAUUAUCCCUAGGGUCAAUAUGUGUCUAUCAUGCUCAAAACUUCAACCUCUACGAUCGCUAAGUGUCACUCAAGAUAAAAGUUGUACCUUCGAAUUAACAAUUCUAAUGGGAUGGCCAUGCAGGUUUUGGAGUCGAUUCAUUCGCACACUACUACGACUUUCUAGUCGCACACUUCUAUUUUUAGAAUUAUUAACAAACUUGAGGGAGAAUGACGAAUACAAAUGACUAAGUCUAGCUAAACAUAUGCUUUCGAGGUAAGACCGAACCGAGGAUGUACAGGCAUUGUUUCAAUUCCCAAACAGUGGAGAGAUAAGGAUGUUAAUCCCUCGUCACCCCUUCGAGCCAGGAGUUGGAGUUUGCUUUUACUUUUUUUUCAAAAAACCUUGAUUUUAAUCAGGGGUAUGGGUAGAUUUCGAUUAAUUCAAUGGUGUGUUUUGGUUGUCAAGAGAAUCAGUCAAUCCGAGCAAGGAUUCAAGCAUCAAGCAAAGCAAAGGUUCGAGCACAUUUUCUUCCUCGCAUUCAUCAAAGGUUGAGGAAGUAAUGGAGAUAACAUUCACAACAAUCUUCUUCCUCAUUACAUCAUUCAAGAUCAAGGAAGUAUCAAAGGCGAAGCUUACAAAUCAAAAUCGACAUGGCAGUCACAGUAUUCAAUAUCCAAAAAAAAAUCAAUAUCUCAAAAGGAGCUUUCAAAAGAAAAACGCCCGCUAAGUCAAAACAAAAAUUCCAGGAAAGGAAACAAAAAAUGACUUAGGCAAAAACGAGGGCAUCCCGAUGGACCAAACUCAAAAGAGUUGGUUCAUGCAAAAAUAAGGGAUAAAAAAAACAAAGGUGAAAUACAAAGGAUAAACUUGUGACUGCUAAAUCAUCAAUGCUUGGAUCUCUACUAAGGCUUUUGCUUAAACAUAAAAAAAAAAAAACGAUUCUCUUACAAGCAAAGCGCAUUCAUUGAAUUAGGCGAAUUUUAGGAUCUGGAGAACAUCAAGGAGAAAGGGGUGGGUUAAAUAAAUUUUGAGCCUUAUAUCCAUUGUUUCUUAAAACAUGAACCAGGCCAAGUUACAACAUUUAAAAGUCCUAAUUGAGGCAAGGUUAACCAUGAAAGCAUGUUAAGCAGGAUUUGUUAUACUGACUCCUAUGUUUGUUAAAACUACUUCUAAUCACUACGCUUCUUCAAGCAUUCUUUUCAAAACCAUCCAGUCCUAAUUCAUAACGGACUUCGACUUCAAAACUUGCAUACGCAUUCCAUUGGAGCUACGUCUCAAAAAGUACAACACCAUCUACGAGUAUACACUUAGCAUCGAGGAAAUCUCGAAAUGGGUUAAUCAAAGGUGAUCAUUUCUAAUAAAGACCCUGGAGUCGGGGGAACCACAUCUAGGGGGUUCUCCUAAACAGGGGCAAAAAUUUCAAGGAGCACAGGGGCAUACAAUCGAACAUCCUAUUAACUAGGGGCAGUCUUCCUAAGGUUCAAUCGACUUGGGGCACAUCUCAAAGCAAUCUCAAACAGGGGCAUGUCAAACAUGGGAAGAAUUCAAAUUCAGAAGGAUAACACACUAUGGAUAGUCCUCCAUAUCAUGGAAACCAAGGGCACACCCUUUAAUCUAAACGACAAAGCAUCCGACGAGGUUAUUCCUCGGGGCACUUCCCUCAUAACUUGGAGAUCAUAGGCACCUUCUCCACCGAACACUGGGGCAUUGGAUAUCAAAUCCAUAAGGCAAACAAUUCAAAGGUUAAAAGUGUGGAGAACCUCCAAAGUUUAAAGGCGUGGGGUACUUCUAAAAAAAAAUCAUCAAACUGGGGCAAGGCGCACAACAAAAGGAAAAAGGCGUUCUCGCACCUUACAACAUCGAACAAAUCUUUCUCCUAACUACGAUCUUCAAAGUUCAAACAAAACAGGUAUUGGGAAAUCGCGCUAGCAUCACACCCCACCUUAUCAAACAAACCUGCAACUCCAGCAAGCUAUAUACGCUUUGGUUAUCAACAACCUACCAUUGGAGCAUCAUACAAAUACAUACAAAUCAUGCAUUGCAUAUAUUGGUUGAUACAUUACACCGUAACUCUUUAUGUGGUCUUCUUCAAGACAAACAUUCACAUCCAUUCAAAAGACCUUUUUCGAGUAAUCUUACAGAAGACAUUACUUCGUUCCACUCAUUACGUCAACCAAGCAUACGCAUAUGCAUAAGCAUACAUAAACAUUACAAAGCCAGCAUAAGCAUAGUCAGGGUAUAAGUGCAAGCAUGGAAUAAACAAGUUCAAAGGGUUUGAGGAGAUAAAACCAUGAGAUUGCAUCAGCAUUAGCAUACAUGCAUACGCAUUAGCAUUAGCAUAUACAUAUCACAAAAGCCCAAUUUUUAUUGGCAAUCCAAACCAUUACAAAGUCCAGUUCCCGUCUGGUAGUCAGUCCUCGUCUGACCGUUUCAUCAGUAUACAUACAACAUAUACAUGUGUAAGCAUUCACACAUACGCAUUAUACAAACAACAGGGGCAUAUGCACAGCAUAUAAACAUAAUGCAUACGCAUUUACAGGAAUAAAAAUUCUACACAGGUAAAUUCUGCAACAACACUUGCAGAUAACCCUGUUGGUGCAGGUGAACUUGCUAGAACUAUAGCAAGCAAUCCUAUUGGGGUCCAAAAUGCGAGUAGCUUAUCAGCACUAUGGUAAGUGAGAGAUACAAACUGCGAGUAGCUUGCCAGAACUAUGGUAAGUGAGAGAUACAAACUGCGAGUAGCUUAUCAGCACUAUGGUAAGCGAGAGAUACAAACUGCGAGUAGCUUGCCAGAACUAUGGUAAGUGAGAGAUACAAACUGCGAGUAGCUUGCCAGAACUAUGGUAAGUGAGAGAUACAAACUGCGAGUAGCUUGCCAGAACUAUGGUAAGUGAGAGAUACAAACUGCGAGUAGCUUGCCAGAACUAUGGUAAGUGAGAGAUACAAACUGCGAGUAGCUUGCCAGAACUAUGGUAAGUGAGAGAUACAAACAGCGAGUAGCUUGCCAGAACUAUGGUAAGUGAGAGAUACAAACCGCGAGUAGCUUGCCAGAACUAUGGUAAGUGAGAGAUACAAACUGCGAGUAGCUUGCCAGAACUAUGGUAAGUGAGAGAUUCACAAACUGCGAGUAGCUUACCAGCACUAUGGUAAGUGAGAAAUUCACAAACUGCGAGUAGCUUGCCAGAACUAUGGUAAGUGAGAGAUACAAACUGCGCGUAGCUUGCCAGAACUAUGGUAAGUGAGAGAUUCACAAACUGCGAGUAGCUUACCAGCACUAUGGUAAGUGAGAAAUUCACAAACUGCGAGUAGCCUACCAGCACUAUGGUAAGUGAGGGGUUCACAAACUACGGAAGCUUGCUGACCAUAGCAAGCCAAUUACACAACCAACAGAAGGUCCUCGCUAUUCCUUUUCAGGAACCUUUCCAGGAAGUCUUCUUCAAGACGUAUUCAAUCCUUUCUAGGAGCUUUUCCGGGCAUACAAGAUUUUUCAAACGAUUCCUCAACUGGGUUUAUCGCGUUAGUCCCUCGGCAGUGAUAUUCUCCAAAACUUCAAUAACAGUCAAAGGUGUCUUCUUUCUUUUCAGAAGUACUAACAUACUUCGAUUAACGUAACUAACAAUCAUGCAUCAUUUCAACUAACUAACCUCAUUCAUACAUAAUGCAUAUACAGGCAUCACUCUCAUUUAUUUUGAGAGGCUCAUCGCAUCAUACAUUGCAUUGCAUAAAUUUCAGGUUGCCUUUUUUAGGCCGUGCUACAAAAAAAAACACAGUGGUCCCUUUCCAAAGCGUUUGCUCCGCACUCUGAAAAAGCGGUAUUCACCUCGGAUGGCAUCUGUAAGCCCAUCUCCUGCGGAACUUCUUCCCAUGCAAAUUUCAGGGCAUUUCAGUGUUCAAUCAUCUUCUACCUUUAGAUCACGAUAGGCAGACGUGCCUAUCUGACUCUUCAGGUUUAAGAAGAUUGAACAGGGGCAGCUGUCAUACCCCAAAAUUUGCCCAGUCAAUUCAUGUCUUUUAAUUCAUAGAGGAUCGAAAUUAAGAAUCAUGGGGUUUGACAUCCCUAUUGUCAAACCUGCGUUCUUAUAAGAUAUCCUGAAUCAAAAUGGGGGUUAAAAUCAGAAAGUGCUUGAGCUCAGUCAUCUAGCUCAUCUAUUCCAUCUUCUUGAGGUUUUUUUAGUCCUUUCUCACAAAUUAUUCAUAUGGUUUAUUAUUUAUAAUUAGUUUAAUAAUUUUAUUAUUAUAACCAACUGUUAUUAAUUAAUAGAGGUUUUAAUAAUAUUAUUAUUAAGAUUAUUAUAAUUAUUUUCAACUAUUAUUGUUAUUAUAAUUACAAUAUACAAUUAAUCAAUGGAUUAGUAAUUUGUUUGGGUUAAAAUAAUAAAUCAAAUGAUAGGCCCAUUAGGUGUAGAAAAACCUAAUUUGACUAAUAUAAAAGGGAUUUAUUUUAACAAUUAGAGGAGGCCAACUCCAUCCACUAACCCUAUUCCGGACACACGUACACAAUCCAUCACUAACACCUCUUAUACACUAACCCUUAUUUUUGCUCCCAUGAAAAAGGCACCGAAACACAAAAAAAAAAACUAACACUUUUACACAGUUUCUCCAUCCACUCAUAGUUUAACACUUGAAAAUUAUACUGUCUGUAUAACCUUAUUACCUGGGUAUAGAAUUUACCUCAUUUAACAACCAAGUAAAGGGUUUUGUUGCUAUAACCUUUAGGAUAACCUUUUUCAAUAUAAAUAUUGUAAAAAUGAAGGUUUUCUUAUGUGAUCUCUUUCUUUAUCAUUGUGUGGAUUAAUUUUAUAAGUGCAGGUUGUCUUUAUGGAAAAUAAAAUUUAAAGGUGUAAAGGAAGAAGGGAUAAAAAACGAAUGGAUGCAGCCUCCUUUGACGAGUUCAAUGCGGAACAGCAGCCUGCAAAUCUCACCGCCAUGGCUUGCCCGACAACCACUCCUAGCAUACUCCAUGUUAACUUUGUUUUUCUUAUCAAUUUUCUCCUUGCUGUUGUUUGUGUUUGUUUGCAGGAAGAAACAUAAAAAAAAAAGAGAAACGAGGUUCAUUACACCCGUCAGUCACAAUCGUUCAACAUCGCAGAUCCGGCCAUCGCUACUCUCUUACCGCCAUCGGACCAAGCCUUGUCGGAAUCAUCAACCUCUCCGCUCAGAUCGACGCCGCACAUCGUAAUCGGCCGCUCCAUCACCACCGGUCUCUCUCUGCCGUAGCAACUGAACCCGGACACCUCCACGUAACAACCGCGAGCCACAGCGGCCGGAGAUACUCGCCCAGCCAGGUUCGUUCUCCUAUUCGUUUUUUUCGUUCCGAUUGUGGUGACUAUGUUGUUGUUCUAUUUUGGGGGCACUGCGAUUGGAAAAAGAGAGGAAGAAACAUUGUUUCACUCUCUGAAUGAAUUCAUUUGGUUUAUGUGUGUUUUGUUAUUAAAAUGGACGUCACAUGUCUUAUUGGCACUAGUUGGAUUGUUGGUUUGAAAAAGUCAAAACAAACAACUAUUAUUUUUCAUAUAAUUAAUUGGCUUUGAUUUUUAUUCAAAUGUGGACAACUCAGUGGAUCCCAUAGAAACUAGAACUCCCUUUUCUGGUUUUCACUUUUAUUUGCUAUCUUUCUUUAUGUAAUUGUGGUGUGUGUUAUAUAAUAGAUAUAAUGUAGAAUGGCUAUUAUACUACUUGUUCAUACAUGUCUCAUGUUAAUGUAGUUUUUGUAAAUAAAUGGAUCUUGGAAAAAUGGAAAACACUGUCGCAUGACAUGUAUUUAUCCUGAGAAAAAGUGGAAAACAAUAUCAUGUCAAAUACAAUAUUAGUUUGACUCAUCAUAAUUAUUAACAGUGAUUAGUGUAUUUUUUAUUGUUUUAAAUUUGAUUCAUGCUUUUACUAAUUUAUUAAUCAUAACCGUUUAAGUAAUUGUUUUUCCUCUCGUCAUUAGUUUAAUUAUUUUGUUCAGUUAACAAAUUUAAUUUACUGAGUUAUUUGUUUUUUUUAAAAUUAAUUUAGUUUCAUCUAACUUAGUUAUAAAAAAUAUAAUGUCAAAAACGUCAAUUCUAUUUCCCCUUUCAAUGGAUAAAUGACGGGUGAAUACCUAUUUCAUCCCGCCUUCGAAUUGGUCGACUCUCUAUGUCGUACUGAUCAAAUAUCCGAACAAAGCUUUUUAAUUAGAUAAAAAAUUAAAAUACACUUCAUUUGCUGCCCGCGACGAUCGAAUCUAUCGAUCUGAGUAACCAGCAAUGCCCCAUUAAUCCGUUAGCUAUACUGAUCAAACCUAUUGAUCAUCGCAACUAACGGUGACAUAUUAAACCAGGGUUGUACGCCCAAAACCUUCAAAACACACUAAACCACGACACUACGGAUUUUUAUCCUAGGCAAUUCAAAAACAUUUCAAAUCAAAUACAAAACUACGACAGGCCAUUCAAAAGGCCUUUAAUCAAUUUCAAACCAUAAAUUCAAACUCUAAGGCGUACAAUCCUGUGCCCGAACUACGUAGACUCUGAUCCUCCAUAAGGAGGUACGUAGGCACUUGGAUAACCAAGGCGAGUCCCCCACCCUAAAACCUCCAUUCUGUCAAAAUCUCAAUUUUCCCCUAUUCAAUAUUUUAGCCAUAAACCUUGACCUUAGAUUCAGAGCCAAUAGGAAAGGGUUGAGGGUGCCUAACACCUUCCCUCGACCUGAUUAUAAUAACUUACCCUGAUCUCUAAACUGCGUAGGGUUUCCUAUUCGCCCUUCAGAAUAGGUGGCGACUCUAAACCUUCAAAUUUAGGGCAGGUUGCUACAGCUGGCGACUCUGCUGGGGACCACUUAAUGGUAAUUACUAUGCUCCUAUAGGUUUUGGCAGGGUUUAGGUUUGGCAAACUUGCCAUUUUUAGGGUUUGGCUAACUCGCCAAUUUUAGGGUUUAUUUUUUAUAUAAAUAUUUAAAUUUUUAUUUAUUUAUUUAUUUAUGAAUACAUUUAUUUCACCUCAAUUUGAAUUAAUAUUUUAUUUAAAUAUUUGUUCUACUGCAUUGUUAUAAGCGGCCGGAAUCCAAGGUUAGUUUUUAAAUAUUUAAAUUUAAAUUUAUUUAUUUAUUUACAGCCUUAAACUACAGUAAUUUAAAUUUUUAUUUAAUUACUGUCAUACUAUAUUGUCAAAUUAUGAGCGGCGGGACUUCGAGGUUAGUUUGUUUUUAAAUAUUCAAAUUUAAAUUCAUUUGUUUAUUUAUCUACAUCUAUUUAUAGUAAUUUUAUUUAUUUAUUUUAUUAUAAUUUAAAUAAAUACUGCUUUGGUCGCUUAUAUACAAUUGCUGCUUUUUAUAUUGUCGGGAUAUUAUAAAUUAUUUGUUUAAACCCUAAGUGUGGGAGUUAACUUUGAGAUCAAUAGGGGAGUAUGAAUCUCCUACGAGUCUCAUUGAUAACUCCACUCGGAGUGGGUUGAGUAUUCGGAAAUGUCCAAAACGAGGCUUGACUUUGUUGAGGGCAGGACUGGAUACUUGGCUGAUCUCUCCGAGAACCUACCCCAAAAAUUCGAACCUCAUGGAUAAAAUGAGUUGUUCUAAAAUCCGAAGAGACAAAAAGUCUCGGAGGCUACGAACGACCCCAUGAGACCUUCUAGAACACUCCCAAAAAAAAAGGGUAGGCUCCCUAGAGCCGUUACGUCGAACCUAUGAACCUAGGACUUUUGUGUUUAUGUGCUUAUUAUGUGUUUGCAACAUAUAUACUUCGAAUAUCUAUGCAUUGCCAUUUUGCAGGUACUCCUAAGUGGUCCCUAGCCUGUAGGGACACAAAUUCCUAAAGACCAUGUCUUUCCCACGAAGGACAUCACCAUCUACGCAUCUCCUAGCCUGUGGGGAUUUUAUUUUUAUAUCCUUGUAUUCUUACAACUACGCGUCCUUCCCACGAAGGACAUUUCCAUUAACGCACGUCAAUUGGCCUCUCGAUGGCCAUGCGAUUCGGUGAUUGUCGUGAACGGUCACCCCGUGCUUGCUACUACGUACUCCCUAGCAUAUAGGGAUUUUCUGUUACAUCCACGUGUUUUCACAAUGACGCGUCCUUCCCCGAAGGACAACUUCACUAGCAUGCGUUCGAUUGGCCUCUCGAUGGCUAUGAAAUCUAGUGACUGUCCUGAACGGUCACUCCAUGCUUAUUCCCGCGCACCCUCUAACUUGUAGGGUUUGGAUCUCCAUUUACACAUCACAUCCCUAGCCUGUAGGGAUUUCUCUUCGUCCACAUCGUCCUUAGAUAGGUUGUGUUCCGCAUAGAGAACCUUCCCACGAGGGACAAAUUCAUUGGUACACGUUGAUUGGCCUCUCGAUGGCCAUGAGAUUUAGUGACUGUCUUGAACGGUCACUAGCCGCUAUCUUCUGCAUACUCUCGAAUCCAAGGGAUUUCCCUUAGCGUGUCAUAACAUUUAUCCUGCGAAGAUUCCAGGAGGGUCUAAGUGUCGCCUAUAAGGCUAUCCCUAGGAUCAUAUGUUACACGUCUGCAUUGCAUACACGGAGUUACAAUACAAGGAGUCUCUCGCUUACGCAUGCAUUUGCAUUGACAUACAUUUGCAUCUACAUUCACAUUUGCAAUUCGCAUCCUCGCCCGCACCCAAGCUUACCAUGCUAGCCGGUUUCCCGAAACUCGCCAAAAAAAAUCAAAAGGAUCAUAGACUAUGGAGAAAGGAAAGAAUUGAGAAUGAUCUUGGUCCUACAAAGGAAAGAGAGGAUGUCUUUCACCACGCCUUCCGCAUGUCCAUGCCUUGUCAUAACAGGAUCAUAAAUACAAUAAAGGUUAUCAUCGAGCAAGGAUUAGUUCAACAAAGAAGUUCCCUCAUAGAUACACUCAAGGGGUAUCUAGUCAUAAGGGGUUCAUCUUAGAACAUAUCAAACUUUCAAGGACGCUCCACGAUAACCUGGGGGCAAGGAUUAGUCCAACUGGGGCAAAAUCCUGAACAAAGAUGCGUGAAUACGAUGGAGAGAAGGCGACGUGUGUUAACCCCACACCAAGGGGCGAAAAGGUCAUAGGUCCUCCUUAUGAAUCUACAAAUUCUAAAGGUUACGAAUGGUGUGAUACUAUCCUUAUGAAAAGCAAAAGAGGUUCAGUCAAAGGAGACUCAUGAAGUUCCGGUACGACGAAAACCCACCGCUAACAGUUCAUUCCCGACAGGUUUGAUAUGUCCAAGGAGAAUCCGAGAUUACCCUCACUUCUACAAGUUCAUUUAACUAAGGAGUAAAACCAAGUCGAUGGGUCUACAAAGGAGAUUAUCCCUAGGGUCAAUAUGUGUCUAUCAUGCUCAAAACUUCAACCUCUACGAUCGCUAAGUGUCACUCAAGAUAAAAGUUGUACCUUCGAAUUAACAAUUCUAAUGGGAUGGCCAUGCAGGUUUUGGAGUCGAUUCAUUCGCACACUACUACGACUUUCUAGUCGCACACUUCUAUUUUUAGAAUUAUUAACAAACUUGAGGGAGAAUGACGAAUACAAAUGACUAAGUCUAGCUAAACAUAUGCUUUCGAGGUAAGACCGAACCGAGGAUGUACAGGCAUUGUUUCAAUUCCCAAACAGUGGAGAGAUAAGGAUGUUAAUCCCUCGUCACCCCUUCGAGCCAGGAGUUGGAGUUUGCUUUUACUUUUUUUUCAAAAAACCUUGAUUUUAAUCAGGGGUAUGGGUAGAUUUCGAUUAAUUCAAUGGUGUGUUUUGGUUGUCAAGAGAAUCAGUCAAUCCGAGCAAGGAUUCAAGCAUCAAGCAAAGCAAAGGUUCGAGCACAUUUUCUUCCUCGCAUUCAUCAAAGGUUGAGGAAGUAAUGGAGAUAACAUUCACAACAAUCUUCUUCCUCAUUACAUCAUUCAAGAUCAAGGAAGUAUCAAAGGCGAAGCUUACAAAUCAAAAUCGACAUGGCAGUCACAGUAUUCAAUAUCCAAAAAAAAAUCAAUAUCUCAAAAGGAGCUUUCAAAAGAAAAACGCCCGCUAAGUCAAAACAAAAAUUCCAGGAAAGGAAACAAAAAAUGACUUAGGCAAAAACGAGGGCAUCCCGAUGGACCAAACUCAAAAGAGUUGGUUCAUGCAAAAAUAAGGGAUAAAAAAAACAAAGGUGAAAUACAAAGGAUAAACUUGUGACUGCUAAAUCAUCAAUGCUUGGAUCUCUACUAAGGCUUUUGCUUAAACAUAAAAAAAAAAAAAAACGAUUCUCUUACAAGCAAAGCGCAUUCAUUGAAUUAGGCGAAUUUUAGGAUCUGGAGAACAUCAAGGAGAAAGGGGUGGGUUAAAUAAAUUUUGAGCCUUAUAUCCAUUGUUUCUUAAAACAUGAACCAGGCCAAGUUACAACAUUUAAAAGUCCUAAUUGAGGCAAGGUUAACCAUGAAAGCAUGUUAAGCAGGAUUUGUUAUACUGACUCCUAUGUUUGUUAAAACUACUUCUAAUCACUACGCUUCUUCAAGCAUUCUUUUCAAAACCAUCCAGUCCUAAUUCAUAACGGACUUCGACUUCAAAACUUGCAUACGCAUUCCAUUGGAGCUACGUCUCAAAAAGUACAACACCAUCUACGAGUAUACACUUAGCAUCGAGGAAAUCUCGAAAUGGGUUAAUCAAAGGUGAUCAUUUCUAAUAAAGACCCUGGAGUCGGGGGAACCACAUCUAGGGGGUUCUCCUAAACAGGGGCAAAAAUUUCAAGGAGCACAGGGGCAUACAAUCGAACAUCCUAUUAACUAGGGGCAGUCUUCCUAAGGUUCAAUCGACUUGGGGCACAUCUCAAAGCAAUCUCAAACAGGGGCAUGUCAAACAUGAGAAGAAUUCAAAUUCAGAAGGAUAACACACUAUGGAUAGUCCUCCAUAUCAUGGAAACCAAGGGCACACCCUUUAAUCUAAACGACAAAGCAUCCGACGAGGUUAUUCCUCGGGGCACUUCCCUCAUAACUUGGAGAUCAUAGGCACCUUCUCCACCGAACACUGGGGCAUUGGAUAUCAAAUCCAUAAGGCAAACAAUUCAAAGGUUAAAAGUGUGGAGAACCUCCAAAGUUUAAAGGCGUGGGGUACUUCUAAAAAAAAAUCAUCAAACUGGGGCAAGGCGCACAACAAAAGGAAAAAGGCGUUCUCGCACCUUACAACAUCGAACAAAUCUUUCUCCUAACUACGAUCUUCAAAGUUCAAACAAAACAGGUAUUGGGAAAUCGCGCUAGCAUCACACCCCACCUUAUCAAACAAACCUGCAACUCCAGCAAGCUAUAUACGCUUUGGUUAUCAACAACCUACCAUUGGAGCAUCAUACAAAUACAUACAAAUCAUGCAUUGCAUAUAUUGGUUGAUACAUUACACCGUAACUCUUUAUGUGGUCUUCUUCAAGACAAACAUUCACAUCCAUUCAAAAGACCUUUUUCGAGUAAUCUUACAGAAGACAUUACUUCGUUCCACUCAUUACGUCAACCAAGCAUACGCAUAUGCAUAAGCAUACAUAAACAUUACAAAGCCAGCAUAAGCAUAGUCAGGGUAUAAGUGCAAGCAUGGAAUAAACAAGUUCAAAGGGUUUGAGGAGAUAAAACCAUGAGAUUGCAUCAGCAUUAGCAUACAUGCAUACGCAUUAGCAUUAGCAUAUACAUAUCACAAAAGCCCAAUUUUUAUUGGCAAUCCAAACCAUUACAAAGUCCAGUUCCCGUCUGGUAGUCAGUCCUCGUCUGACCGUUUCAUCAGUAUACAUACAACAUAUACAUGUGUAAGCAUUCACACAUACGCAUUAUACAAACAACAGGGGCAUAUGCACAGCAUAUAAACAUAAUGCAUACGCAUUUACAGGAACAAAAAUUCUACAGAGGUAAAUUCUGCAACAACACUUGCAGAUAACCCUGUUGGUGCAGGUGAACUUGCUAGAACUAUAGCAAGCAAUCCUAUUGGGGUCCAAAAUGCGAGUAGCUUAUCAGCACUAUGGUAAGUGAGAGAUACAAACUGCGAGUAGCUUGCCAGAACUAUGGUAAGUGAGAGAUACAAACUGCGAGUAGCUUAUCAGCACUAUGGUAAGCGAGAGAUACAAACUGCGAGUAGCUUGCCAGAACUAUGGUAAGUGAGAGAUACAAACUGCGAGUAGCUUGCCAGAACUAUGGUAAGUGAGAGAUACAAACUGCGAGUAGCUUGCCAGAACUAUGUUAAGUGAGAGAUACAAACUGCGAGUAGCUUGCCAGAACUAUGGUAAGUGAGAGAUACAAACUGCGAGUAGCUUGCCAGAACUAUGGUAAGUGAGAGAUACAAACUGCGAGUAGCUUGCCAGAACUAUGGUAAGUGAGAGAUACAAACCGCGAGUAGCUUGCCAGAACUAUGGUAAGUGAGAGAUACAAACUGCGAGUAGCUUGCCAGAACUAUGGUAAGUGAGAGAUACAAACUGCGAGUAGCUUGCCAGAACUAUGGUAAGUGAGAGAUACAAACUGCGCGUAGCUUGCCAGAACUAUGGUAAGUGAGAGAUUCACAAACUGCGAGUAGCUUACCAGCACUAUGGUAAGUGAGAAAUUCACAAACUGCGAGUAGCUUGCCAGAACUAUGGUAAGUGAGAGAUACAAACUGCGCGUAGCUUGCCAGAACUAUGGUAAGUGAGAGAUUCACAAACUGCGAGUAGCUUACCAGCACUAUGGUAAGUGAGAAAUUCACAAACUGCGAGUAGCCUACCAGCACUAUGGUAAGUGAGGGGUUCACAAACUACGGAAGCUUGCUGACCAUAGCAAGCCAAUUACACAACCAACAGAAGGUCCUCGCUAUUCCUUUUCAGGAACCUUUCCAGGAAGUCUUCUUCAAGACGUAUUCAAUCCUUUCUAGGAGCUUUUCCGGGCAUACAAGAUUUUUCAAACGAUUCCUCAACUGGGUUUAUCGCGUUAGUCCCUCGGCAGUGAUAUUCUCCAAAACUUCAAUAACAGUCAAAGGUGUCUUCUUUCUUUUCAGAAGUACUAACAUACUUCGAUUAACGUAACUAACAAUCAUGCAUCAUUUCAACUAACUAACCUCAUUCAUACAUAAUGCAUAUACAGGCAUCACUCUCAUUUAUUUUGAGAGGCUCAUCGCAUCAUACAUUGCAUUGCAUAAAUUUCAGGUUGCCUUUUUUAGGCCGUGCUACAAAAAAAAACACAGUGGUCCCUUUCCAAAGCGUUUGCUCCGCACUCUGAAAAAGCGGUAUUCACCUCGGAUGGCAUCUGUAAGCCCAUCUCCUGCGGAACUUCUUCCCAUGCAAAUUUCAGGGCAUUUCAGUGUUCAAUCAUCUUCUACCUUUAGAUCACGAUAGGCAGACGUGCCUAUCUGACUCUUCAGGUUUAAGAAGAUUGAACAGGGGCAGCUGUCAUACCCCAAAAUUUGCCCAGUCAAUUCAUGUCUUUUAAUUCAUAGAGGAUCGAAAUUAAGAAUCAUGGGGUUUGACAUCCCUAUUGUCAAACCUGCGUUCUUAUAAGAUAUCCUGAAUCAAAAUGGGGGUUAAAAUCAGAAAGUGCUUGAGCUCAGUCAUCUAGCUCAUCUAUUCCAUCUUCUUGAGGUUUUUUUAGUCCUUUCUCACAAAUUAUUCAUAUGGUUUAUUAUUUAUAAUUAGUUUAAUAAUUUUAUUAUUAUAACCAACUGUUAUUAAUUAAUAGAGGUUUUAAUAAUAUUAUUAUUAAGAUUAUUAUAAUUAUUUUCAACUAUUAUUGUUAUUAUAAUUACAAUAUACAAUUAAUCAAUGGAUUAGUAAUUUGUUUGGGUUAAAAUAAUAAAUCAAAUGAUAGGCCCAUUAGGUGUAGAAAAACCUAAUUUGACUAAUAUAAAAGGGAUUUAUUUUAACAAUUAGAGGAGGCCAACUCCAUCCACUAACCCUAUUCCGGACACACGUACACAAUCCAUCACUAACACCUCUUAUACACUAACCCUUAUUUUUGCUCCCAUGAAAAAGGCACCGAAACACAAAAAAAAAAACUAACACUUUUACACAGUUUCUCCAUCCACUCAUAGUUUAACACUUGAAAAUUAUACUGUCUGUAUAACCUUAUUACCUGGGUAUAGAAUUUACCUCAUUUAACAACCAAGUAAAGGGUUUUGUUGCUAUAACCUUUAGGAUAACCUUUUUCAAUAUAAAUAUUGUAAAAAUGAAGGUUUUCUUAUGUGAUCUCUUUCUUUAUCAUUGUGUGGAUUAAUUUUAUAAGUGCAGGUUGUCUUUAUGGAAAAUAAAAUUUAAAGGUGUAAAGGAAGAAGGGAUAAAAAACGAAUGGAUGCAGCCUCCUUUGACGAGUUCAAUGCGGAACAGCAGCCUGCAAAUCUCACCGCCAUGGCUUGCCCGACAACCACUCCUAGCAUACUCCAUGUUAACUUUGUUUUUCUUAUCAAUUUUCUCCUUGCUGUUGUUUGUGUUUGUUUGCAGGAAGAAACAUAAAAAAAAAAGAGAAACGAGGUUCAUUACACCCGUCAGUCACAAUCGUUCAACAUCGCAGAUCCGGCCAUCGCUACUCUCUUACCGCCAUCGGACCAAGCCUUGUCGGAAUCAUCAACCUCUCCGCUCAGAUCGACGCCGCACAUCGUAAUCGGCCGCUCCAUCACCACCGGUCUCUCUCUGCCGUAGCAACUGAACCCGGACACCUCCACGUAACAACCGCGAGCCACAGCGGCCGGAGAUACUCGCCCAGCCAGAUGUCGUCAAGAAGUGAUCGGGGAAAGCGAGCUAGGCAAUUGACAGGUUCAAGCUCAGGAGCUGCUCCGCAACCACCCUUCGAUUCACAUAGGUUUCUAGGUUCAGAGCAGCAGGCAAGGUUUGAGAAGUUGGUUGGUCGAAAGAUUUGGCCUGAAAAGGUGUUUGACCUCCCACAAAGCGGUAACUUUUAUCAGUUUCUGGAAAACAUUGCGGAACGCAAGUGGGAAGCUUUGAUCUCUCCUGAUUCUCAAAUCAAUGCGGACAUCGUGCGUGAGUUCUAUGCUAAUGCGAUUCCGAUUGAGGGAAGGGUGUACACUUACACCUCCUAUGUGAGAGGUAGGGGAAUUUCUUUUUCAAGGGAUGCAAUUAACACUUUUUUGGGAAGACCUUCUCAUCGUGCUGCAGGUGACAAGUGUGAGUAUGCAAGGAAAAAGGCUGCAAAAACUUGGAAUAUGCAGGAGAUUGCUGAUCUGUUAUCCUUUGAGCACCAAGGGUUCACUCUUAACCCUUCCGGUUAUAUUCAAAAGAUGGACAGGAAGAACAUGACUCAAAUGGCGCAGUUGUACAUAGUUUUCCUCCUGAACAAUGUCAUGCCGAGGAGCCACACUUCUGACCUGACCAUUGACAUGUCUUGUCUUUUGUUUUGGAUUAUGACAGGUGGAGAGGUGGAUGUGGCUCAAAUCAUUUCUGAGGAGAUGAGGAUCGUGGCUUCAAGUGGUACCAAGUCAGGGACGAAGCCUUCUGCUCAGCUUGGUUUUCCAAGUUUGAUAAUGGGACUUUGCAGGAAAGCAGGUGUGGAGUUUCCUAAUGUGGCAAGUAUGAAAUCCACUAGUGUUGUGGACACCGGCUAUGUGCACAGGCAUUGCUCUCCUAAGCUAGGUGUCCAGCAGCAUCCUCAGCCACAGAACAUGGCUCCUCCUGCUGGUGGUAGGUAUAAUGAGGAAUUAGCUUGCAGGUACAAUUGGGCGUAUUUUGAUGCCAACAGAAGAUCACAAGCUAUGAUUCAUGAUUCUCUCUGCAAGCUCUAUCGCCACCAAGUCAAUCCGACGUAUGUUCCCUCUUUUCCUACUAAUGAGGAGUAUGAGGCUCAUUGUGCAUGGCCUGCGGAGAGGCCAUUUUUCAGAGAGGGGGAUGGUGAAGAGGAAGAAGAGGAAGGAGAUGGCAUGGAGCAGGAUGAUGAGGAGGAUUGAGGAUAUCCAGUGUCGAUUUUUAUUGUUGUUUAUUUAGUUUAUGUUUAGUUCUAUAAUACUUUGAUUUUACUUUUUGUUGUUGAACUAGUAGCAUAAUUUCCUAUUGCUUUUGUUAGUAACUACUUUUGUGCCAUCCGUAUGAGGAUGAGGUUUGAUGUACUUUGGUGGCCGUGGGUGCCACCCGAACAUAUUUUGUAGGCAACUUAUGCCUUUGUUGAUUAAGUAUUUUGUUUAAGUAAUGUGUGUUUGUGUGGGCAAUUUAUGCCCUUGUUGUUAUAAUAUUGUGUUUUAGUAGUAGAAUAGUGUACAUAUAUUAUAUGUUAAGGUGUAUAUAAUUUUUUGUGUUUGUCUUGGAAUAGAAGUGAUGCUCUAAAGAAGAAAAAGUGAUAAGGUGUGUCAACAUCAAAAAUUUGGAUGGUGAUGAUGAUAUUCUUGAUGAUGUUCAUACCAAGGUAAGUAUUUUGUUGCUUUGUAGAUUAUAAGGUGACUAUGAACUAAGGGCUUUACACAUAGUUUUUAUCACAUUGCAUUCUAGAAAUUUUGUUUGUGUUUGAAUCAAAAUUAGGACAAAACUAGAUAAGUGAGUGGACUUCCAUUGUGUACAAAAAUAAGAGUGUUCUAGUUAUUGAUGUUAACUCAAAUGAUUCAUGUUUAAUCUUGCUUUGUAUGAGACAUUAGAGCUUAGAAGGGAUCGAGGCAAAUUUUUUGAGUAGUAUGAGAAAAACCACCCUAAACAAGGCUACCCGCCCGUGAGUGUGUGAUCUUUUGUAACCAAUUUUGAGCCUAAAUUUUUGUUUUGUCAAGUGACUCAAAGGAAAACACAAUGAAUUUUGAUAAAGAGAAGUGAUUCACUUGACAAUUUCUUUGGCAAACGCUUAACCCAAUAGUACUUGAACCUUGAAUGGAAAGCAUUGAUGUCUUUAUAGAUAGAAAUGUUUAAAGUUGGGGAGAGAUGUUUCUUAAAGAUAAAGAAAAGAAAGAAAAUGGUGGUGCAAUGCAUUCUUUGAAAAAGGAAAAUCAAUGAAAAAAAUUUAAGAAAGAAUGAGCAUAUGAUAAAAGAGGAAAAAUUUUAUGAUUUAAAGAAAAGGAAAGAAUGUAUUGUAUGGUGAAAAACAAAAGGGUAACAUAUUAGUAGUGCUGUACAUAAAUAAUGCUUUCCAUGAUCAUUCACCCUUUUUGUUUCAAUGGCCGUGUACAUAUAAUAUCACUUGUUUGGAACCCAGGCCAAGUUACAACCGAAUGAAGUCCUCAGUGAUCUUUGUCUCUAUUGUCUCGUGUGCAUAGUACAGAUGAAUAUAUGAAUUGUUUUGGAUGUGCAUCAUUGCUAGUGAGUGUGAUUUGUCCCUUUUUCUAUCAUGGCAAUUGUCCUUCAAUUAUUUUGUGAAGUGAAACCUAGGUGAUUCAUUCAUGAACAUUAUCUCUUUAAUGCAAUUGUGUUGAAAGUUUGUGUUCAGAAAGUGGUUCAUAGUCAUGUUAGAAUCUUGUACAAGCAAGGAAGACUUAUCUUGUAGGUAUGUAACUCAAGUUUGAACCAUUCAAUUGAUGUUACUAACCUUAUGUGAUUCGAUGAUGUAUGUUUUUGAGCUAGCUUUGUUCGAGGACAAACAAAGAUCAAAGUUGGGGAGAGUUGUUAGAAUCCCAUUUGUGCAUAUUUUGUAUAUAAGUUUUGUGGUAUUUCUUAAACUCUUGUGCCAAAGUUGAUUACCUUUUGAUAUAAUAGUAUGUAAAUAAAUAAAUUUGUGUUUAUUUUCUAAAUUAAGUUAGUUUAUUAACUCUUGUAAUGUUUUUCUUUAGGUUUUAACAACUUUUGGGCAAGAUGGAAUGAGAAGAAUGAUCAAAACAAGCUUGCAAUGAGGGUGGAAUGCAAAAAGAAGGAGUUUUGUGCAAGAAGGUCCGCUCAGCAGAGUCCAAGCGGACCCAGGCAGGGAUUGGCAACGUUUUUUCCACCAGCAAGUCCGCUCAGCGGACCCCCUCCGCUCAGCGGACCUUGAAGACAAUUUAGAUAUUUUUUCUGCUCCGCUCAGCGGACCUACUUUUUCAACUUUUGUUCUUAGCCACAUAAAAUUGAUGAUUAAGAGUGGUUAGCAUAGUUUUUAUCAUAAUAGACACUUGGAGAAAAAGCUAGGGCAAGAGAAGAAGAGAAAAAAAACCAUUUUCCUUAAGAGAAAAUCAAGAUUUCUAAACAUCUUUCUUUGAUCUUCUUGAGUUUGAUGUCACUAAAUCUUGGUUUGUUUCUUGUUGUUGAAGCUUCCAUGGAUAUGGAGGGCUAAGUUUCAUCUUGUGUCAAGAUUAGAGGUAGUUAGUUUGUAAACAUGUACUUUCUUUGAUCUAUUAUGUAUGAACUUGGUUAAUGAUUAAUACAUGGUGAAUAUCUUGUUAUUUAUGUUUCAUUUGUUGUUUUGGAUCAUUAUUGAGAGAUAUGUUUCAAAGCUAGACCUAAAAGAUAUUCAUCUAUCAAUAAACAAACUCUAGAGAUAGAUUUGUGAGUUGAUAAUCACAAGUAUCAAGCUUUUAAGAUUAUCAUGUUGAU